GCCGCUCCCCGCACCCACCUGCGGGCGGACGCGCCGCCCCCCGCGCCUCCUCCUCGCGCAGCGCCGGGCAGCGGCACCGGAGCCGGCACCGGAGCCGGCACAGGGCACCGGGCAGCGGCACCGGAGCCGGCACAGGGCACCGGGCAGAGGCACCGGCGGUGGAGAGAGGCACCGGACACGGGCACAGGGCGGCAGGUAGCGGGCCGGGGGCAGCGACCGCACCCCGCCAUCAGCACCGCAGCCGGGGGCGGCGGCAGGAGCGGGAUGGCCGCGGCUUGGAGGGACGCGGGAGGGGACACCAGUCCCGGCCGGACGGGAGGAGACGGCCGGGUGCCCCCCGGGUCCCAGGGGCCGUGGGGAGCUCACGGGCAGGGAGUGGUACCGGGGGCACCUUUGGGAGGGGCUGGGAGCAAUGUGAGCACUGACCGCAGGUCCAGGGGCCGCAUGGAGGGCACCGAGGGAUGGGGAAGGGGCGGCAGGCUUUGUCCUCUCCAGGGACGCUCGGGGGGCACUGGCUGCUCAGGGCUCCAGGAACGCUCUGAGGAGUGAGACAGGGAGCGGGGGGCAGCAGGAGUGGGCGGCAGUGGGGGUUAGUGAAGAGGUAGAAGCAGGAGGCACUAGAAACAAAAUAGACAGCAUGACAGUAGCUGUUUCUCCUUCCCUCCGGCAGUGAGGAAGCAGAGAUCCCGGCUCCAGCCCAGGAAGCCAUCAGGGAAGUUCUCACAGUCUCCAGUGGGCUUCAUGCUGUGGCCCCCCAGAAGCAGCAGGCCGGUGGAGACCAUCAGAAGCUCUCUGAUCUCCUGGGGAAGCCAAGACAUCCGAGCAGCUGUCUGCACAAGGUGGGCAUGGCCAGAGGGACGGUGGGAUGUGGGGCAGUGCCCGGAGCACGGCAUCCCAGGAACAAAGUGGGGGGCUCACCUCUCCUCCCCGCUUUCCCCACAGCCGCCAGCCGCAAGUGCCAUCACCCGGAGGGAAGCAGCAGCCAUGGACGAAGCGACAGAGCUGGAGCUGGGGGGCAACUCCCUCCUGAAGGCCGUGUGGCUCGGGCGGCUCCGGCUGACCCGGCUGCUGCUGGAAGGGGGGGCUUACAUCAACGAGAGCAACGAGAAGGGGGAGACGGCGCUGAUGGUGGCCUGCAUCACCACGCACGUCGACCAGCAGAGCAUCCACAAGGCCAAGAUGGUGAAAUACCUGCUGGACAACAGAGCCGACCCCAACAUCCAGGACAAGUCUGGGAAAACCGCCCUCAUGCACGCCUGUAUCCGAGGGGCUGGGGGGGAUGUGGUGUCCCUGCUGCUGGAGAGUGGGGCAGACCCCAGCCUGGAGGACCACUCAGGAGCCUCAGCGCUGGUCCACGCCAUCAAUGCCGAGGACAACGCUGUGCUGCAGCACCUCCUGAAUGCCUGCAGAGCCAAGGGGAAGGAGGUGAUCAUCAUCACCGUGGACACAUCAGCCUCCGGCACCAAGACCGCCAAGCAGUACCUGAACGUCGCCCCUGCGCUGGAGUUCAAGGAGAGGGCUUCCCUCGAGGAGGGCACAGCCCCCUCUGGUGAUCACCUGAAAACUCCCAUCUCGGCACCUUCCCCUGCCGGGAAGGAGAGCAGCAUUCCCACCGCACACCCUUCACACACCGGGGAUGCUGAGCCACCCUCCCCGGGCCAGAGAGCUGGCACUGCUCGGAGAGCCCACCUGCCCCGGCUGAAGCGGCUGCGGUCAGAGCCAUGGGGUCUGGUGGCUCCCUCGGUGCUGGCGGCCUCUGGUCACCGCGACGACACGCGGCUCUGCGCUGACAGCGAGGUCAUCACGGGCAUCGGCGACCUCUCGCUCUCCAAAAAGCCCUCCCUCAGCCGGAGCAGCAGCAGCAAGGGAAGGGACCCCUCUCUCUUCCCCCCAGUGGAUGAGCAGGCACUGGGGCCACUGGCACGGAAAGCCAGCCACGAGAAGAGCCCGAGCAUGCACCCAUGCCUAUCCCGGAGCAUCACAGUCCCGGAGGAGCCGGAGAGCUCCAGCUCGGCCGCCAGCUCGGCUGCGGGGAUGGAGCCGCCGCUCCGGUGGAGGCCAGGCACCGAACACAGCGGAGACUCCCAGGUCACCGAGGCGGGGAAGGGGCCACCAGAGAGGAGGAAGCUGAGCGGGUCCCACCUGGCCUUGCUGGAUGGUUCCUGUGACUCUCCCUCCGGCAGCACCAGCACAUCGCCCAGCAGCGGCCGGCGCCGGCCACCCGGCUUGCUGGAGAGGCGAGGAUCCGGGACCCUGCUGCUGGACCACAUCUCCCACACAAGGCCAGGAUAUCUGCCCCCCCUGAACGUGAACCCCAACCCUCCGAUUCCUGACAUUGGCUCCAGCAAAGCCCCCUCCCCGCUGGCGGCUGGGCUGAAGCCGCUGGUGCCGCUGACCCCCGGCUCACCCAGGCGGGGUGAUCUGAGAGCCCACAAGAAGCUCCUCCGCAGACAUUCCAUGCAGGCAGAGCAGAUGCGGCACCUCUCCGAUUUUGAGGAGCUCGUGGCGCAGUAGCCGUGUCACCGUCGGUUCACGGAGAGGGGACCGAAGCCGUGCUGUCCCUGCAGAACCGGGCCGGUUCCCACACUGAGUGGCCACUGGCUCCGGGGACAGGCUGGUGGCCAGCGGGUUCAGCACGGAGCCCAGGGGCUGAAUCGGGGGCGGGCUGACGGGCAGAUCGAUCCCCCACAGUCCUAGAUCGCCAAGCUCCGUGCCAAGGAUCCCACCCUCAGUUCGCUUAUUCCUCACUAGUUGCGAUCCGCUUUUCUUACACCCUGCUCGUUCUCUCACCGACUCCCCUCCGGGAGCCCCCGGCUGUGAUCUCUGGGGCCGAGGCGUUCAUGAAGUGCCUUCCAGGAGGGGAAGGGGCUCGGUGGGCUCCAGCGGGGGUCGGAGGAGCGGGAGCACCCGUCCAGCCACGGGCCGUGUCGGUGCUCUCCCGGAGCGGGAGAGGGAGACAAUCCUCCACCUCCGAGAUUCCCGAGCCCUCCGGAGCUGCGGCGGCUGAGCUCACCCGGCCCCGCUGCAGCCUCGCCGGCUGUGGGCCGGGAUGGGCUUGUCUCUCUCUGAAGCGUCUGAACUUCAGGGGGUUCAUUCCCCAGCACUCCGAGGAGCUGUGAGUUCAGGAAGCGCUGGAUCCCCGAGCAGGAUGGCCCCAGCCCGGCUGAGAAAGCCUCGGCCAGCGGCGGGGAACCCGGGAUGCCGAGUCACCGAGGGGACACGAGCUGAGCCCAGGGCUCCAUCCAGCCGGGAAAGUGGCAGGAACCGCUCCAGAGCCGAGGCCCCGCGGGC